GUUACAUAAGAUAAUAGAUAAGCUACAUCGUUUGAGUCUGUAGUCAAAACGAUUUCAAAUCCUAGCGAGAAUCAUCCUCGCCUUGAGAAUGACUACUAUUAGAAUAGGAAGAGUUUAUGGUUCGGGCCGUUUGCUAAACGCAUAUGUAGCUUUGGCAAAACAGCAGAGAGCUUGUUUUGGACAAACUGCUCAUCUUGCUAAUAACAUCCAGAUCCAAAGAUCGCAUGCUGGAAAAUCAUCCGGUGAUUUUGUUGUUUCUUCAGUACCUCCGGUUCGUAGUUUGUUUACUACAACAACAAACCAGCAAAAUCUCCCUCAUUUCAAAGAAAGUCUUGAUGCCAAACCAAGCAGUGCUAAUGCAGAUGACAGAUCUUAUCUAUUACCACAUCCAAUAUGGACUGAAGAUGAUGUUUACAAAGUUGAAAUAACCCACGAACCUCCCAAAACAAAAAUAGACAAGGCAGCAUAUUACAGUGUUCAAGCCCUGAGAUCACUAUUUGAUUUGGUUUCUCUAUACAAGAUUGGUCCGAUGACAGAAAACAAGUGGUUAAAUCGUAUCAUAAUGCUGGAAACGGUUGCUGGUGUUCCUGGUAUGAUAGGAGGUAUGGCCAGACACCUGAAAUCACUCCGUAAACUGUCACGGGAUCAUGGCUGGAUUCAUACCUUAUUAGAGGAGGCUGAAAAUGAGCGAAUGCAUUUGAUGACCGCACUUGAGCUUAAACAACCUGGGACGUUGUUUAGAGGAGUCAUAAUAGGAGCACAGGGUGUUUUUGUCAACAUGUUUUUCAUUGCUUAUUUGCUGAGCCCCAGAUUCUGUCACAGAUUUGUUGGGUACUUGGAAGAAGAGGCAGUGAAAACUUACACAUAUUGCAUUGAAUGUAUUGAUAAUGGUAAACUUCCUGUAUGGAAAAACUUAAAGGCACCGCCAAUAGCUGUCAAUUACUGGAAACUGAAGGAGGAUGCAACAAUGCGAGAUGUAAUCUUAGCCAUCCGUGCUGAUGAAGCACACCAUCGAGUUGUCAAUCAUACUCUUAGCUCAAUUCACUUAGAUGAUCCAAAUCCUUUCCACCCUGGACAAAGAAAACUGUAGAUUCAGAACGGGGAGGGGGUCCUGACACUUCAUUUGCUUUAUUGCUGAAGAGAUCGUUUUAUAAAUGGCGCCUGCCUUUAUGAGCGAAUUUACCUCCCUUAGGGGGAGGGGGUGGCUAUUGUGUUUGCAAUUCAAACAUUGUUUUAUGAAAUGACUUUUUUUUAAACGUAUAUUUAUUAUUGUAUUUAUAGUUUUAUCAAUGUAAAAUCGAUCGUUAAAGUGUUUCUCUCAAUAAUAAUCCUAAAAAUGAAAAAGAGUGAAGAAUAAAUGAAUAUAAUUGGAAAAAC